AAAGGUAACUAAGCAAAAUAACUCGGCCCCGCCCCCGAGCUCUCCGCCCCUGUCUCCGAUCUUCUUGCGCGUCCGAAUCCCUAAAGCCCCAAAAAACUCCGAUCUUCUUUCGCUGCUGCUGAGAUGAACACGCAACAGACUGCUCAGCUCAAAUCUUCUGCCAAUGGAUUUGCUCGUCGAAGAAGUGAAAGGGAAAGCGGAAUGAGAUUGGAAAAUAAACAUCAAUCUGGGAAAUUAAACCAGAAUAGAUCGAUGAAUGCAAUUGGGACCAGCAAAGCUCCAGUUUAUGAGAGUCCAUCUCGUGAUCGGCUGGUAUAUCUAUCAACCUGCCUUAUUGGGCAUCCUGUGGAAGUCCGGCUCAAAAAUGGGUCCAUCUACUCUGGAACGUGUCACACCACAAAUGUUGAGCAGGAAUUCGCUAUUAUUUUGAAAAUGGCUCGCAUGACAAAGGACGCGUCUUAUCGAGGGAGUAAGCAGGAAUAUGUUAUGAAAGCUCCUUCGACGACUUUAAUUAUACCCGGAAAAGAGGUUGCAGAGGUCAUAGCUAAGGAUGUACCUCUAACUGUUGCGGGGCAGUCCAAUGAGCUCCAAAAUGAAAGGCAUGAGGACAUUUUGAUAGAUUCAUCUAUAUCACACUCCCGUCACGUGGAACUGGAUAGAGAGCUAUCACCGUGGGUACCUGAUGAAGAUGAUCCACAAUGCCCUGGACUUGAGAACAUAUUUGACGGCCCUUGGAACAGGGGGUGGGAUCAGUUUGAAACAAACAAAAUGUUGUUUGGAGUGAAAAGCACUUUUGAUGAGGAGCUCUACACUACAAGGUUGGAGAAGGGCCCUCGAAUGAGAGAGUUGGAGAGGGAAGCAACAAGGAUCGCUAGAGAAAUUGAGGGCGAGGAUACAGAAGACCUACAUUUAGCGGAGGAAAGGGGCAUCAACCUUGGUGAAGAUUUUGAUGGUGAUGAGGAGGUGAGGUUUUCUUCAGUCAUCAGAGGCAGGGGGCUUGAUGAUAGUGGAUACGAUGAAGAUGAGGAUAUAUUGUUAGACAACCGGAAUACUGAAACAUUCGGUGAUGUACCUGCAUCAUCCGGUGCAAAGACUGACCACCUGCAUCGUGGUACAAGCAAUGACAGUGCCGGAGCAUUAUUAACCUCUUCAGUGGAUGAACCACAAUGUUCUCAAUCAAGUAACGGGUCAGAAUUUUUCCAGUCCAAUACAUAUGACCAUUGUAGACAGCAGGCAGAUGAUCUUCCGUGUAAAAGUUCCACUUCAGACAGCAAUGGAAGGUCUUUAUACAGGAAUCUCGAGAUUUUGCGAGUUGCACAAGGGCAUGAUAGCAUUAAUGCUAGCAUUGAGACGAAAACGGUAGCUGUGGAUGCCAAGUUGUCUAAAUCCAAUGAAUCCCAGUCUUCAGAGAACAGUCAGACUGCUGGCUUUGAUAGAGGUGGACUAUCGGCUGAUGCUCCUUCGGUGACAAUUUCUGUAAAGGAAAUGCCACCUACUGAACCAGAGGUUGUUUCUGUUAAACCGGAUGGAGAAAGUUCUGGUGUUAGUGCAUGCAGACAACCUGGUACUUUUGCAUCAGGUUUGGAUCAUGCAGGUGCUACGUCAGCUUCUAGUCAUCCUGCUGUAUCUCCAAGCUCUUCGUUAAUUGGUUCCUCAUCUUCUGAAAAUUCAACUCUGAAUCCACAUGCUAAGGAAUUUAAAUUCAACCCAAAUGCAAAGAGUUUCACUCCUUCACAUUCGUCGCCAGUUCGACCUACAUCACCGGUUUCUGAUGGUUCUUACUACUUCACGCCAAAUGUUACCACUUUACCACAAAUGCACGGGAUGCCAGUGGGGAUUGGAAUGGGUCCAUCAUACAGUGGGCAUCAGCAUGUUCUAUUUAACCCACAAGUUGCACCACUGCGAUCUCCCCAACCUUAUUUCCAUCCUAGCGGGCCUCAGUAUGGUCAACAGAUGAAUCUUGGCCACCCGAGGCAAGUCUUGUACAUGCCAGGCUACCAACCUGAAAUGGCAUACAAAGGACGCGACUUUUAGUGUCUGGGAGCUGACGAUUGAUGAUUACAAUUGCAUAAUUAUUCUUAGUGGGUCUACCAAGCAUGGUUUGCGCGAGGAAUAAACAUAAUUAGAGCCUCAUGAUGAUUAAGAGAUGGUAGGUCUGUUGGAACCCCUCAGAAGCAUGAGUCUAAAUAUGAGCCAUAAGAGAGAAGUUUGACUAUGUAAUCUGAUCUACAAUCCAAUUUACCUGAAUUGACUGACAGGCUUUUCCUUGUUCUUAUUUUGUUCACCUUUGUUAUAUUUUUUUUUACCUACAUUGAAUGUUUACCAUGGGGAUGGAGAAAAAUGAGAGAAAGAAGCAGUGUUGGAUUACUAACUAAAGUUAUUUGGGUUUCCAUUGUUGCUUUUGGUUUAUUUAAUUUGUAUGACUUGAGCGCCAUUGCUGUUCAUUUGUAUUUGUUGGUCAACUGUUAGGUAAGUUAAUGACUGCUUGCCUCAAGGGCUGACCUUGUCAUUCUUUCUCAGAGUCAGAGGAGAAAGUCCAGAGGGGGAAUAUUAUUUUUUCCCUUCACCAAAAUAUGUCAAUAAAAAAGAUAGUGAUAAAGUAUAAAUUAGACAUUUUCGUACCUCAUUCUUAGGCAUUAUAACUGUGUUCAUUUUCACUCCAUUCUAGUCUAGGAUGUUAUCAAUGUAACAUUUUCAGGGUUCGAUGAAGAAUAUGGUGGUUUGGGCACAAUUUUAAGCCAAAGGUGCAAGUUUAGAGGACACAAGGGACAACUUCUAGAGAUCACGAUGAUGACUACAUGAUCACGACCACAAUCUCCUAGUUGUGAUUCGUGCCCAUUGGCUUGGUUGUUAUUAUUAGAUUUUUGCAUCAAAAUGAAUUACAGAGAGUACAUGAGAGUUCCAUUCUGGCCAACCACAUGCUAGGGUUAGGGAGAUUCCUAUUCCAAGUGCAUAUUUUCUCUUGAAGUAAACUUCUUGUCAGUUAACUUUUCUUUUGCUUGUUCAUGUGGUAAGUAUUUCAAUAUCAAUCCGAGCGGACUAUCUAUCAAAUUGUGGUUAAAUCUAAGGAAAUUAAACAAACUAAAUAAGCAAGCAAUUAGACUUUGGUGAAUUCGAUUGAGAAAGUAUCAAUUGAACAUUGCCCCCGGUCUUGUGUUAAGACGCAAAGAUGAAACUCUAGUGCGAUAGGUAGGUUUAUAUACCGAAGGAGUUCUAAAUUAGCUAGGAAACCACUCCUCGGAAGUUAAUCCGGAACGGUGAAAAUUAACCAAUCAAGACGUAUCAUGGCACUUCUUCGAUGAUUGAGGGUUAACCUGGAUUGGCCUAGAAACGGUUACCUGAAUUGCCAAGAAUGGGCUAUAAGGGGAUUUCAUCAUUCUAAGUCAACUUGUCCCUAAAUUGAGGGCUUUGAUCAAUAACAUCCAAUUUCCGUGAAUAAUAACUCAAUCAUUAUAUAAAUCACAAACCCAACACACAAAGAGUUCAAAUCCUACAAUCUAACACAUCCUAGACUAGAGUUCACAAUAUCCAAGUGAAAUUGGAGUCUUCCUCCUGCUUGAUCUGCAGCUGUGCUAGAGCCUCCUUCGAAGCCAGCCGCGCCUUUAAAGCCCGCUUGAAGUUCCAUUACUGGGAUUGGAUUCUAGUAUAAAGCAGUAAAUCGAUU